AUGAGCCCAAAUGGGAUCAGCUGGAGGUCUCUUAUGUUCUUAGCAAUAAAAAGGUGUUUUUAUGGUCAUUCAUUAUUAAGAUUAUUAAGUUAUGUUCUAGAUUUAACAAACUAUCAAAACAGUUUGGCUUUAUAUAUAAAAUCUCCAGGACCAAAUGACACUUUACCACUCAACUAUGUUAGAAAUAUAUUCCCUGGUGUUUCUGUUAAACCAACAGGCAACAAGUUUAGUCUUAGUCCAAUCAUUGACUACUUGUAUUGUGAGAUGAUUGUCCUAGUUAGUGUUGAUCAAUCAGAAUGA